AUGCGAUUCGACAUGGACUCCGAUGGCAGCCUCACCCAGCUUGAGCUCGCUGCCCUGCUCCGGUCUCUUGGCGUCAAGCCCACUAGCUACCAGCUCCAAGUCCUCCUUGCCAACAGAAAUGGCACCGUUGAGUUCGACGAGCUAGUCACCGCCAUCUUGCCUGACAUGAACGAGGAGAUCCUCAUCAACUAG